AAAUGUCAUAAUUUUUUGAUAUAUUUUGUUGUGACAAUUUUUAAAGGCAUUUUAUCCAUUUGCCAUUAUUAUAUGAUUAUUUCUAGUUUAUUGUAUCAGAUUUCCAAAAAAAAACAUAAUAUGUGAUUUGAAUCACAGAAGAGAAUAUUUGAAUUAAAUAUGUCCCAACAACACAGGCUUAAAGUAAAACCUUGUAGAAGAAGCAGUGGAAGAUCCACUCCUAACUUACUAAAUAGUCAGACUACAGAAUACCAGUCUAAUAAGUUUAAAAAAAGAAAACGUGAGGAGGAUGACGAGGAACAACUUAGUAAUAAGAAGUCCUGCCUUAAUCCCAACUCGCAGAAGGUAGAGGUUUCAAACUCGUCCAACGUUUUAAAUACUAAUAAUAAUGGGGCUCAAAAUAGACUAUCCACACUUCGACAAAAAAUUAAAGGAGAUUUGGAACAAAACAAAGUUUCAUAUAGUUCCAAUCGGACUUUUUGCAGGAAAAAUAGCGAAACCAAAUAUUUGAGUCAGUCAUCAGUUAAAAAUAGGACUGAAUGUGUAAAUAACAAGUUUGCUUCACAAAGUAAUUUUGAAAGGGUUGAUGAAAGAAAUAUAGUUAGUGCACCUGAAGACAGGCUUAACACCAAAUCUGUAAGUCAAUCUGCAGUCAAUAAUAGACUUAAAAGAUUAAACAGCUCAAAUUGUCCCAGAGUGCCAGAGGUGAAUGUUGUUAGCGAUCUUCGACACAAGCUUAAGGGAGACACAUUGUCCUUAGUUAAUCGAGGUACAAAUGCUAACCAAAAUCAGAAAGCUGAGUCUUCUAGUCACUCUUCAGUUAAUAAUAGACUUAAAUGUAUAAAAACCAAAAGUACAAAUUCCUCAAGGGAACCUAAAGAAAAUAUUCUUAUUAGUGUUAAAGAAUCUAACAGACAAAUAAGCUUAAUUGAGUUUGCUACAAGUAAUAAUAAUGACAGCAUAAAACUGGGUAAUGAAAUUAAAGAAAAGACUGAAUUUAGUGAUAUUACGUGUGAAGAUGAUUCUAAAUCAACACCUGCCGAAGAGAUUUGUCUACCCAACGAAAAAACCUCUGUGACUGAGUGGCUCAAUGGAAAUAAAUGCGAAAAAGAUUUGGAUGUUACUGUAAAUGACUCUUUGUUAGUGAAUUUUGAUGAUACUAUAGUAAAUAAACGUGAACAAACGUGUAACACGAUAGCAGAGGAUUCAAUGGAAUGGGAUUCGGCCACGGAGGAAUCACCAGAGAAAACAAAAAAAGAAAAUGCCAUAUGUAUAGUGACCGACACAAAUGUAUUUAUGCAUUUCUUACAUAAAAUAAAGGAUAUUGUUAAUUUUAAAGUUACAG